AUUUUUUUUUUAGUAGAGACGGGGUUUCACUGUGUUAGCCAGGAUGGUCUCGAUCUCCUGACCUCGUGAUCCGCCCGCCUCAGCCUCCCAAAGUGCUGGGAUUACAGGCGUGAGCCAUCGCGCCCGGCCCUGUCUUGCUCUUAUACCCUCAUCCACACUAUGGAAAUCUGGACUCCGACAGUUUCCAUGCCCUGCUGUUUCCACCAUGGUCCAGGCCACCAUCUCAUCUGGAUGAUCAUAGCCUUUGAGUGAUCUCUUUGUUUCUGCCUAUGUCCCGCUAAGGUACAUGAAUCAGUGGAGCAAAUAGAAGGAGAUUUUAAAUGUAAAUCGAAUCAUGUCAUGUGUUUGCUCAAAAUCUUCCAGUGGCUUCUCAUCCUAACCAAAGUCAAAACCAGUAUCCUACAAAGCUAGGUCUGAUGUCCCUACAUUUACUCUUGGCCUUCAUCUGUACCACACUAUCUCCGUCACUCCACACCAGCCACAGUGAACUGUCUGUCCCUUGGCCAUGCCAGCCUGAUUCUUCCUUGCAUCAGGGCCUUUGCACUGACUGUUCUCUUGCCCUAGAUGUUCUUUUCAAAGUUAUUCCCUGGGCUCUUCACAUCCUUGAGAUUUUUACUCAGUCACCUCAGAGAUGCCUUCCCAAAUCACCCUAUCUAAAAUUCUAAAACCUCACCCCACUUCUGUGACUAUCCUUUCUCCUUCCCUGCUUUAUUUCUCUUCAUGCCACUCAUCACUUUCCGAUACAUUGUGUAUUUUAUUUAUUCAUGUAAUUGGCCCAUCUUCCUCCUCUAGACUUUCAUGUCAGUGAGGGUAGGUUUUUGUCUUUGUUCACUUCUGUAUCGCCAGGGUUUAAAAUAAUGCCUAUCACACACUUGCCAAAUGAAGGCAUAAUCCAUAGGAGUAAUGGAUGAGGCAGACUAGGAUGUUGGGAAAUGGUCUACAGAGACUGGCAGGAGGCUUUUGCCAUUGUCCUGGUGCUCCAACUGGUGUAGGGGUGGGGAGGAAUUGAGAGAGUUGGCAGAGGUGGAAUCUAUUUGCCUUGAUAAUUGGUUUGAUAUGGAAGGUAGAGAGAAGUAGUCAUGGGGCUGAGUAAGUGCCAUGGAUGACAGGAAGAUGCUUCUGUUAUCAGGUAAGCUGAAAGAGAGAGGGCGCAGUAUGUCAGUAACCAGCAAGGGUUCUGGUUAUUGACUGCUACACAACAAACCACUCUAAAACUGAGUGGCUUAGGAGAGCAACUAUGUUUUAAUCUCCCACAGUUCUUUGGGUUUACCCAAAGCGGAUGUGAUCAGCUGAGAUGUGAGUGAUGCAUCUUGCUAUGGCUGCAGUCAUUUGGGGACUCAUUUGGGUUGGAACAUGCAAGAUGGUUCCAUCACACAUUUGACAUAUUUUCGUGGGUUCCAUCACAUAUUUUCGUGGGUUGGCUGGAAGGCUGGGGUCAGCUGGGACAGCAGACCUCACUCUCUCCAGGUAGUGUAAGGGCUUCCAGCAGGAUUGAACUUGUUAUGUGGUAUGUUAGAGCUCCCAAGAGUGAAAGCUGUCUGGCCUUCUUAGGACUUAAGCCUGUAACUGGCACAGUGUCACUUGUGUCAAAUUUAUUGGUUAAAGCAGGAACAAGGCCAAAAUGAAAGAGCUCCCAGUGUUUAAAGCUGGAAUAAUUAUAACAGCAAUAUAAACAGUGAUACUAUUGUAUUAUAACCCAUAGGAUAAGAUAUAAAUCCAUACUGAUAUAAAUAAAUAACUGAAUAUAAAUAAAUGGGGAGACAGAACAGCUCUGACAGAAGAAUUCUAAUUAAUGGAUUUAGAAUGAAAGGGGGAAAAAGAACAUUGUCAUUUGGUAAACAGCACAGUAAUAACUAUUGCAGAUAGGUUCCACAGAUAUAUGCUAAAAUUAGUGGCUGAAAGUUUGAAGAGAAAUAGGAUAUUUGUAUAAUCUCAAAGUAUCUCCCUCAAGAUAUUUAUUAAUUAUAAAGGGAAAUGUAGUGACUUUACAAUGGAGAAGCUCAGAAGACACCCUCUUAACCAAGUGAUCAAGAUCAAGGUUAACAUCGCCAGUAAAAAGACAUAACAAUAUCAUGAACUCAUUGAUAUGUUGAAGGACACAGCAUCACAUCUGAGGUAUUCUAACCAGAAGUGAAAAACUCGUUCUAAUCAUGAAAAAACAUCGGACAAACCAAAACUGAGGGAUACCCUUCAAAAGCGCCAAGUUCGUGAAAGAUGAGAAAAGACAGAGGAUCUGUCACAGAUUGGAGGAGGUUAAAGAUCCAUGACAACUAAAGGCAAUGUGGAAACCUCAGUUGGAUCCUGGACCAGAAAAAGUACAUUGGUGGAAAAACUGGCAAAAUUUAAUUAAAGUCUGUAGUUUAUAGUAUUGUGUCAAUGUUAAUUUCCUGCUUUUGAUGAUUGUACUAUCGUUUUCUAAGAUGUUAACAUUAGAGAAAGCUGGGUGGAAGGUAUGGGAAUUGAUAUUUGUGCAACUUCCCUGUAAGUCUAAAAUUAGUACAAAAUAAAAAGUUUUAAAAAUCCAUCAAUUCUAUAUUCUUGAGUUUUUGUUUUGUUUUUUGAAGAAGGGGUGUUGAGUUUUGGUAAAGAGUAUCUUACAUGUAGAGAGGCAAUCAUGACUUCUCCUUACAUCUAUUAUUGUGGUGUAUUAUAAUAAAAGAUCCCCUAAAAUUGAACCAGUCUUGCAAUCCUGGGUAAAUUUUUCUUUGCCAUGGUGAAAUAUUUUGUUAUUGCGAUGUUGGAGUCUUUUUGCUAACAUUUUAAUUAGAAUUUUGCUUCAAUAUUUGUAAGUGACAAUUAGUCUAUAAUUUUCUGUUUUUGAACUGUCAUCAAGUUAAGGUCCUCAUGGUAUCCUUGCUUUAUAAAAUGAAUGAGAACUUUUCCCUUUAGUUUUCAAUGCUUUGGGACAGUAUUUGGAGCAUAAGGACUACCUGGUUUGAAGGUUUGAUAGAAUUUCCUUGUGACCAUCUGGAGUUAAUUUUGAGAGUUAUUCACUUCAUCUAGGUCUACACAUUUAUUUAUAUAAAGGUCUGCAAAGUAGUCUUACAUGACUUUUAAGAAGAUGUUUUUUGGUGACUUUGCCUUUCUUAUUUCUUAUUUUGAGAGCUUGUUGGGAGGUUCUAGCAGGGGAGCACAGCUACUCGUAUACCCUUGACCGAAGACUGGUCCUCCUCUAUGUGGGAUGGUCAUCCUCCUUGACCGAGUGUGCAGCUUCCGGAGGGAUGCACAUAGAGCAAUGAGGGAGGAAGGGGAUACCCACCUAGCCAGCCAGAUCAGCUGGAUCAACACUGGUGAUCAAUGUGGUGACAGAUGUCGCAGCCAGAUCGCCCUCACAUCCAUGUCACUUCUUAGUUGAAUAUUUAUGCUUUCUCUCUUUCAGUUAGCUAGUGUUUGUCUACUUUUUUUGACAAAGUAGGAUUUGGCUCAUUAGAUCUACUGCUUUCUGUUCAUUAAUUUAUGCUUUCAUCUUUAUUAAUUCCUGUCUUUGUGCUUUCUUUUGGGUUACUUUAUUUUAUUAGCUUUUUGAGCUUGGAAUUUAAUUUAUUUAUUUAUUUAUUUUUUGAGGCAGGGUCUCACUCUCUAACCUAGACUGGAGUGCAGUGAUGCAGUCAGGCUCGCUGCAGCCUCAACCUCCCAGGUUCAAGUGAUGCUCCCUCCUCAGCCUCCUGAGUAGCUGGGACCAUACGGGUGUGUGUAUGCACCAAGUCUGGCUAUUUUUUAAAAUUUUUUUGUAGAGAUGAGGUCUCACCAUGUUGCCCAGGCUGGAUUUUUUUCUUUCCUUUUUAUUUGUAAAAGUACUUAAGGCUAUAGUUUCCCUUACCUCACUGUGUUAAAUAAAUCCUGUAUAUAUGUACUGUUUUUAUUACCAUUAUUUUUAAGUAGUUCUAUAAUUUCAUUUUGUGUAUUCCCUUUAAUUCCCGCCUAUUGCCUAUGAUAUGAUCAGCAACCUUUUUCUACUUUCUUCUUCCCCUAUGUCUUCUAUUUGAGUGGCAUUUCUACCUUAUCAGGACACAAUGCCCUAUAACAUUAGCACAUGUUUUCUUCCUCUCUCUUCUCCCCCUUUUAGUGCUAAGUUUACAAUUAUGUAUAUUAAAUGCUCAUCAUCAGUCUUUUUGCUAAAUUUCCCCUGUCAUGUCUUGCUUUGAAUGAUGAUUUUUGGCCAGACCUUUUUUUUUGGUGGUAAAUAUGCAUAACAUAAAAUUUAUCAUUUUAACAUGUUUGAGUCAAUGGCAUGAAGUACAUUCAUAUUGUUGUACAACCAUCACCACUAUCUCCAGAAAUAUUUUCAUCUUCCCAAACUGAAACUCCAUACCCGUUAAACAAUACCUCCCUAUUCUCCCUUACCCCAACCACCUCUCCUCAACCACCAUUUGACUAUUCUAGGUACCUCAUAUAAAUGGAAUCUUACUGUCCUUUUACUUCUGGCUUAUUUCACUUAGCACAAUGUCUUCUAGGUUCAUGUUGUAGCAUGUGUCAAUUUCCUUCCAUUUUAAGUCUGAAUACUAUUCCAUUGUAUGUACGUAUCACUUUGUUAUUCAUUCAUCCAUUGGUGGACACUUGGGUUGCUUACACCUUUUGGCUAUUGUGAACAAUGCUGGUAUGAACAUGAGCGCACGAGUAUCUGUUCGAGUUCUUCCCUUCAGUUAUUUUGCUUAUAUAGCCAGAAGUCGAAUUGGUGAAUCACAUAAUAAUUGUAUUUUAAAUUUUUUGAGAAACCACCAUACCGGUUUGUGGGUAUACCACAUUUUACAUUCCCACCAGCAGUAUGCAGUGGUUAAAUGAUAAUUUCAAAAACUCUGGUAGAACUCAUGUUUUUUGCUUAGAGUCACUUUGGAUUCCUGUUGUUGUUCUUUAAAGUCUAAUAGUUUUUCUAGUGCAUGUCUUAGAGUUGGUGGUUAUGAGUCAACUUUUCCCUCAUAUCCCAUAGGCCCUUUCAUAUUUAGAUUCAGGUAAUUGUUUUUAAAAUGUUUUCUUACAUUAUACUUUUAAAUAUUUCCGUUGUUUUGGUAUCUAGGAACUAAUGAUAUGAAUAUUACUUCUUUGUCUGUUUUCCUUUCCAGCUUCUUUCUCUCUGAUCCUUUUUGCUUCUUAUUUCACUUCAUUCUCUUGUUUUCUGGCUAUUACUAAGUGCUCGUCAUGUUUUCAUUUCAAUCUAUUCCUCCUUGAGUGUCUUAUAAGUUUGUCUUCAUUUAUCAUAUAAUAUUGUCUUUUUCUUUGAUUUCUUUCAAAAGUUUGUUGAAAUCUUUUUGUUUCUUUACUUUUUUUGUCCAUUUCUAUUCUUAGUUUUUGAAUUUUUAAUUUAUGAUCUCAUAUUUGGGAUAUAUCUCAUAUCCCAAAAUGUUUGUUUGAAGAUAUUUAAUUUAGCUUAAUGUUAUGGUUUUGUUAAUUUUUUUUCUGUCUCACCACUUUUUUUUUUUGGUGGAAUUUUCUUUAGUUGAAUUGUUUGGAUUCUCAUUUUCAUUUUUUUUAAUAGACUACAACUGUUUGCGUGUCUGCAUUUCUGUAAACAGAACUGUCAGAUUCUAGUGUUUCUGAGAUUUCCCUAGUUCAGGAAAAUGCUUCUGUCAGUGUAGCAAAGUACAGUUUCUUUACUGGAUUGCAGGGGAAGGAGAGGUGGUGCAUCCUUUAGGGUUUCUUUGUUGUUGUUUUUUGUUUUUCUCUUUUGUUUUGGAAGACCCUGGAUUACUCUCUCUUGCUUGUUUUUCCUUUUCCUUUGCUGUUUCCAAGCAGAAUCUUUUCCUUGCUUUAUACUUUCCCCAUUAUGCCACUGCUCCCCCAGUUGUGGGGUUAAAGAGCAGGCCCUGCUUCACUCAUGGGGAGAGCAUUUCCACCUGAAACCCUCUCAUUUCAGUUUUCCUUACCCAGAUCUACCUUCUGAGAUAUCAUCCUUCUUUAGGGAGACAAGGAAAAAAAGCCACAGGGUCCCGGAGAGCCAGGGGAAUGGUGAGUGUUUCCUGUCUCCAUUACUGGCUGUAACAGGAUGGACACAUUCCCUUCUCUUACCCUGACUGCCUUAUUGGUGCCUAGUAGAGUUCAGCUCCAAUUCCUCUUACUUGCUCCCCUGCCUCAGCAUCACUUUCUGCACAACCCAUGACACAGUUAUUCACCUAGUAGUUAACUGAACAACACACAAUUCUACAGUUUGAGAUAGAGUCUGCAUUUCUUUGUUCAGCUUCAAAAGUUCUACUGCCUGAGAGUAACGUCACAGUAAUGGAAUGGGAAGAUUCUGGAAUCUGUGUCCCCACCUAGACAAUGAUUAUACUGGCAGGAUCUAUCAGGUGUACCUAUUUUGGAACUCUGGGGUCUAGUUGAAGGCCUCCAGUUCCCAGGGGGAAGGAAGCAUAGAGGGUAAGUCACAGCUAAUUUUAGCUCUUAGUAUAGUAGCAGCUACCUAUCAUCCACCCUGCCAGCCCUAUGGCAGGUAGCUGUCCUAUAUUCCUAGAUCAGCUUCUACAUGGCUUGUGGGAGACAUGGUGGACAAUAAGGACCCUUUACUCCAAAUAUUGAGGAUCUGUGUUCUGAUUGUUAAUUGCUGUUUCUGAUCACAGAGGUGGUCCACUUAAAUCCCCUGAAAGCUACUUCAGCCAAUUGCAACCCCCCACUGGCUAAAGUGGCUUUUAGGGGAUUUAAGGAGCCAGAGUCUGUUUUCCCCCACUGAAGUUCUCUUUUUCCCCUUUGAGAGCCAAAUAUUUGAGGACUAGUAUAUUGAAAAGCAACUGCAUAUGGGGGAAUGUAGAAGGUAUACCCAUGGAAAGGCACAGGCUCAGAAAACACCUGAGGAGACCUUAAGCUUACACCUCAGGCUGAUUCUUAGCAUGGAGACACCCUACAUCAAUAUUAAAAAAAAAACAAACAAAAAAAACAAAAGGGAGACUCUAACAGAGUUGCUGCUUUAUAAGAUUUAAAUGUCCAGUUUUUGACAAAAAUCAUAAGGCAUACAAAGAAUGAGGAAAAUAUGACCCAUUCAAAGGGGAAAAAAAUGAAUAAACUGAAAACAUCCCUGACAAAGGCCAGAUAGUGUACCUACUAAACAAAGACUUUAAAACAGCCAUCUUAAAGAGCUAAAGGAAGAUGUGGAGAAUGUCAAGAAAAUAAUAUAAGAACAACAUGGAAAUAUCAAUAAACAGACAGAAAACAUAAAAAUAAACCAAAAAUAAAUUUUGGAUUUAAAAAGUACAGCUGAAAAGUUCAUUAGAGGGAUUCAGAAGUGGAUUUGAGCAGACGGAAGAAUCAGCAAACCAGGAGAUAGGACAGUUAUCAAGUCUGAGGGACACAGACAAAAAGAUUAAAGAAAAGUGAACAGAGCCUAAGGGAACUAUGGGAUACUAUCAAGUGGAUCAACUAUGCCUUAUGGGAUUCCCAGGAGAAGACGAAAAAGGGACAGUGAGAUUGUUUGAAGAAAUAAUGGCUGACAACUUCCCAAGUUUGAUGAAAGACUUGAAUAUAAACAUCCAAGCAGCUCAAUGAACUACAAAUAGGAAAACCUCAAAAGGACUCACACUGAGAAACAAUGUAAUCAAAUCAUCAAAAGCCAAAGGUGACAGAGGGAUUUUUGAAAGCAGCAAGAGAAAAGCAACACUACAUACAAGGGAUCCUCAAUAAGAUUAUUAGCAAAUUUCUUAUGAAAAACCUCUCGGGCCAGACGUCAGUGGGUUGAUAUAUUUGAAGUGCUAAAAGAAAACAAACAAACAAAAAAGCCUGCCAACCAAAAAUUCUGUAUCUCGCAAAACUGCCCUUCAUUACUGAGGCAGAAAUUAAGACAUUCUCGAUAAGUUGGUGGAGAUUACAACCACUAGACCUACCCUACAAGAAAUAUUAACAAGAGUCUUUCAGGUUGAAAUAAAAGAACUUUAGACAGUUACAUGAAGCCAUAUAAAAAAAUUAAGUUCUCCAUUAAAGGUCAAUACACAGGUAGUAAUAUAAGCUAGUAUUACUGUAACUGUGCUUUGUAACUUCACUUUUUGUUCUCUAUAUGAGACUUAGGAGACUACUGCAUUUAAAAAAAAUAGUCUGUGUUUUUGACCACACAGUGCAUAAAGAUGUAAUUUUGUGACAUCAGUAAUGAGUUGGAGAUGGAGCUGUAUAGGAACACAGUUUUUAUAUGCUAUUGAAGUUAAGCUGAUGAGUUCAAAUUCAGUUUUUAAAGUUUAGGACAUUAAGUGUAAUCCCCUUGGUUACCACAAAGAAAAUAUCUGUAGGAUGUAGAGAAAAGCAAAUGAGAUGGGAAUUUAAAAGUUGCAUUGAAAAAAUCAACCAAAGACAAAAAAAGGACAGUAAUACAGGAAAUUAAGAAUAAAAAUCUGCAAGACAUGUAGAAAACAAAGAGCAAAAUAGCAGAAAUCAGUCCCUCCUUAUCAGUAAUUAUUUUAUAUGUAAAUGCUUUAAACUCUAAAACAGUUUGGCAUAGUGGAUUUAAAAAAACAUGAUCUAACGAUAUGCUGUCUACAAGAAACUCACUUUAUAUCCAAAGGCACAAAUAGUUUCAAAGUAAAAGAAUGGAAAAAGACAUUUCAUGCAAAUAGAAACCAAAGAAAGUAGGAGUGGCUACAUUAAUACCAGAAAAAAUAGACUUUAAAUUGAAAAAGGUUACAAGAGAUAAGGAAGACAUCAAUACAAAAGGUUUACUACAGCAAGAAGAUAUAAAAAUUAUACACAUAUACCUCAUACCAGACCCUUUAAAUAUAUAAAGAAAAAUGGGCAGCAUUAUAGGGAGUAGAGUUUUAUAAUAAUAAUUGGAGAUUUCAGUACCCCACUCUAAAUAAUGGAUAGAACAAUAAGAAAGACAAUAAGUAAAGAAAUAGAAGACUUGAACAAGGUGUAAAUCAAAUAGAUAUAAUAGACAUAUUCCGAACAUUGUACCCAACAAAAAUAGAAUACACGUUCUUCUCAAGUACACAUGGGACAUUUUGCAGGAUAGACUAAAUGUUAGGCCACAAAUUAAGACUGAUAUCAUAAGAAGUAUCUUCUACCACAACAAGAUGAAACUUGAAACCAAUAACUGAAAGAAAAUUUAAAAAUUCACAAAUACUUGAAAAUUAAAGAACAUACUCUUAAACCAGUAGGUAGAGGAAUAAACUACAAGGGAAAUUAGACCAUACUUAGAGUCAGGUGAAAAAGAAACACGACAUAGGAAAACUUAUGAGAUGAAGUAAAGUGCUAGGAGGGAAAUUUUUAGCUGAAAUACAUUAGAAAGCAAAAUCUCCAAGGAACAACCUAAUUUUACAACUUAGGGAACCAGAAAAAGAAGAACAAACUAAACCUAAAGCUAGCAGAAGGAAGGAAAUAAUAAACACUGGAGCAGAGUCAAAUGAAAUAGAGAAUAGAAGGAUAAUAGCAGAAAGCAACAAAACUUAAAGUUGGUUCUUUGAAAGGAUUAAAUAAAUUGACAAACCUUUAGCUUCAUUGACUAAGAAAAUAAGAAAACUCAAAUUACUAAAAUCAGAAAUGAAAGUGAGGACAUUACUAUUGUUUCUACAGAAGUAAAAAGGAUUGUACAAGAGAACUAUAAAUUGUGUGCCAACAAAUCGGAUGCCCUAGAUGAAGUGGGCAAAUUCUUGGAAUGCAAAACCUAUCAAGACUGAAUCAUAAGGAAAUUGAAAUUUUGAAUAAGUGUAUAACUAGUGAGGAGAUUGAAUUAGUAAUCAAAACCAUCCUGAUAAAGAAUCAGGUCCUCCUGGACCUGAUGACUUUGCUGGUGAAUUCUGCCAAACAUUUAGAGAAGAACUAACACUAGUUCUUCUCAAACUUCUCCAAAAGUAUUGAAGAGGAGGAAAUACUGCCUGACUCAUUCUGUGAGGCCAGCAUUACUCUGAUACCAAAACCAGACAAAGACACUACAAGAAAAUUACAUCGUUUAUAACAUUGAUGCAAAAAAUUUCAACAAAAUACUAGCAAACUGAAUUCAACAAGCAUUUGAAAAGAAUUAUACACCAUGACCAAGUGGAAUUUAUUCCUGAAAUGCAGGAUUGUUCAACAUACAAAAAUAAAUGGGUAUAUGGCCGGGCACGGUGGCUCAUGCCUGUAAUCCCAGCACUUUGGGGGGCCGAGGUUGGUGGAUCACCUGAGGUUAGGAGUUCGAGACCAGCCUGGCCAGCAUGGUGAAACCACAUCCCUACUGAAAAUACAAAAAAAUUAGCCAGGCAUGGUGGCACGUGCCUGUAAUCCCAGCUACUCUGGAGGCUGAGGCAAGAGAAUUGCUUGGACCCAGGAAGCAGAGCUUGCAGUGAGCCAACAUCGUGCCUCUGCACUCCAGCCUGGGUGACGAGCAAAAACUCUGUCUCAAAAAAAAAAAAAAAUCAAUGCAUAUAAAAUAUCACAUUAACAGAUGAAAGAAAAAAAAACACAUGAUCAUCUCAAUGCAGAAAAGUAUUUGACAGAAUUUAGCACCCUUUUAUAGAAAAUAACUAGAAAUAGAAGGAAACCACUAUAUAAUAAGGCCAUAUGCGAAAAUCUCACAGCUAACAUACUCCAUGGUGAAAGACUGAAAGCUCCAACAUCAGCAAUAAGGCAGCAAUGCCCACUUAUGCCACUUAUAGCCAACAGAGUAUUGGAAGUGUUAGCCUGAGAAAAUAAGCAAGAAAAAGAAACAAAUGCCAUCUGAAUGGGAAAAAGCGAAGUUACCUGAGUUUGCAGGUGGCGUGAUCUUAAAUGUGGAAGACCUUAAAGACUAAACACACACAAACCUAUUAGAACUAGUAUAUGAAGUCAACACAGAGAAAUCAGUUGCAUAUCUAUACACUAACAGUGAACAAUCCUAAUAGAAAAUGAGGAAAACAAUUUCAUUUAAAAUAGCAUCAAAAAGAAAAAAAUGCUUAGGAAUUAACCAAGGAGAUGAAAGACAUACACUGAAAACUACAAAAUACUGCUGAAAGAAAGAUGUAAAUAAAUGGAAAGACAUCACAUGUUUGUAGACUGGAAAACUAUUUUUUUUUUUUUUUUGAGACGGAGUUUUGCUCUUUUGCCCAGGCUGGAGUGCAGUGGCAUGAUCUUGGCUCACUGCAACCUCCACCCCCCAGGUUCAAGCAAUUCUCCUGCCUCAGCCUUCCAAGUAGCUGGGAUUAUAGGUGCUGCCACCACACCUGGCUAAUUUUUGUAUUUUUUAAAGAAACGGGGUUUCGCCAUGUUGGCCAGGCUGGUCUUGAACUCCUGACCUCAGGUGAUCCCCCUGCCUCGGCCUCCCAAAGUGCUAGGGUUACAGGUGUGAGCCACCGCACCUGGCCAGAAAACUUAAUGUUAAAAUAAUAAUACUACUCAAACCAAUCUACAGAGUCAAUGUAAUCCCUAUAAAAAUAAUUUUUUUAAUAAAUAGAAAAAUUCAUAUUAAACUUGAUAUGGAAUCUCAAGGGACACUGAAUACCUAAAACAAUCAUGAAAGAGAACCAAGUUGGAGGACUUACAGUUCCUUAUUUCAGAAUUUACUACAAAGCAACAGUAACCCAAACUGUGGUACUGGCAUAAAAACAGACUUACAGACUAAUAGAACAGAAUAGAGAUCCCAGAAAUAAACCCUUGCAUAUAUGGUCAAAUGAUUUUUGACAAGAGUGCCAAGACCAUUCAAUAUGAAAAAGACUAUACUCAACGAACGCUGUUGGGCAAACUGUAUAUUUAUAUGCUGAAGAAUGAAGUUGAACCCUUACCUAACACCAUAUACGCAAAUUAACUGAAAAUGGAUCGAAGACCUAAACAUAAACGUGAAAACUAUAAAAUUUGUAGAUGAAAACCUAGGCGAACAUCUUUAUAACAUUGGAUUUGGUGAUGAUUUCUUGGAAAUGACACCAAAACAUAGGCAAUAAAAGAAAAGAAUAGUGAACUUGGACUUCAUCAAAAUUUAAAACUUUCAUUCAUCAAAGGAAGGGAAUAUAUUUGCAAGUCACAUAUCUGAUAAGGGAUUAAUAUUUAGAAUAUAUAAAGAACUCCUACAGCUUAACAACAAUAGAAGAAUGCCCCAGCUUAAAAAUGGACAAAGGAUUUGAAUAGUCAUUUUUGCAAAGAUAUACAUGUGGCCAAUAAGCACCUGAAAAGAUGUUCACUAUCACUCACAUUAGGAAAAUACAAAUGAAGACCACAAUGAGAUACCACCUUAUACCAAUUAGUAUGGCUGUUACUUAAAAAAAAACCCCAAACUAGAAAGCAGUAAGUGUUGACAAGGUUGUGGAGAAAACAGAACCCUUGUGCAUUGCGGGUUGGAAUGCAAAAUGGUACAGCUGCUGUGGAAAACAGUGUGGUGGUUCCUAUAGAAUUGCUGUUUGAUCCAGUAAUUCCACUUUUGAGUGUAUACCCAAAAGAGCUGAAGGGACUCCAACAAAUAUUUAUACAACCAUGUGCAUGGAAGAAUAGCCAGAAGCUAGAAACAAACCAAAUGUCUAUUAACAGGUGCAUAAACAAAAUGUAGUAUAUACACACAAUGGAGUAUUAUUUAGCCUUAACAAGGAAGUAAAUUCUGAGCGCAUGCUUCUACAUGGCUAAAUCUCGAAGACAUGCUAAGUGAAAUAAGUCAGACACAAAAGGACAUAUAUGAUUCCACUUAUUGUAGCUACAUAGAAUAACCACAUAUAUAAUGGAGACAGAAAGCAAAAUGGUCACUACCAGGAUCUAGCGGGAGGAAAGAAUGGGAAGUUAUUGUUUAAUAGUUAGUGUUUCAAUGUGGGAUGAUGAAAAAGUUCUGGAUUCUACCAGUAGGUGGCUUUUAUUCCUCCUAGGGGGCCCUCCCUGCCUACAUUUUGGCUUUGUCUUCCUUUGCUCAUAAUGUCCUUGUCCCUGCUCCCCACAUGCCUCAUCUGUAGUUCCUAGCACUUUCUUCUUCCCUUGAUUCCAACCCAUUCUCCAAGACCAAGUUGCCAUGCCCUGUCUUAGAAAACCCUUUCUAAUCUCUAUUCCAGCGUGUCCUCCAUUUGGAAAUAGUGCUAAGAAAAUUAAAAGAAUAAAACUGGGCAGGGGCAUGAGAAUAGGAUGCAAAGAUGAAUUUUUGGACUGAGUGGCCAAGAAGCUCCAUGGUGAGCACUCACAGUCUAAGGCUGGAAGUUUAAUGAACUGUUUUCUACAUUUCACAGUUUUGUGUUACAGGCACACAUGGCAUUCAGGGAUGUGGCUGUGGAUUUCACCCAGGAUGAGUGGAGGCUGCUGAGCCCUGCUCAAAGGACUCUGUACAGAGAGGUGAUGCUGGAGAACUACAGCAACCUAGUCUCACUGGGAAUUUCAUUUUCUAAACCAGAACUCAUCACCCAGCUGGAGCAAGGGAAAGAGACCUGGAGAGAGGAAAAAAAAUGUUCACCGGCAACCUGUCCAGCAGAUCCAGAGCCAGAGCUCUACCUCGAUCCUUUCUGCCCUCCGGGUUUCUCCAGUCAGAAAUUCCCCAUGCAGCAUGUGCUGUGUAAUCAUCCCCCCUGGAUCUUCACAUGCUUGUGUGCAGAAGGUAACAUCCAGCCUGGGGAUCCGGGCCCAGGGGGCCAGGAGAAGCAGCAACAAGCCUCUGAGGGGAGACCCUGGAGUGAUCAAGCAGAAGGUCCUGAGGGAGAAGGUGCCAUGCCUUUGUUUGGAAGAACCAAGAAAAGGACUCUGGGAGCGUUCUCCAGGCCACCCCAGAGGCAGCCAGUCAGCUCUCGGAACGGCCUCAGAGGGGUGGAGUUAGAAGCCAGCCCAGCUCAGUCAGGGAACCCUGAGGAAACAGACAAAUUGUUGAAGAGGAUAGAAGUCUUAGGAUUUGGAACAGUCAACUGUGGAGAGUGUGGACUGAGCUUCAGCAAGAUGACAAACCUGCUCAGUCACCAGCGGAUACACUCAGGGGAGAAGCCCUACGUGUGUGGGGUAUGUGAGAAGGGCUUCAGCCUAAAGAAGAGCCUCGCCAGACACCAGAAGGCACACUCGGGGGAGAAGCCAAUUGUGUGCAGGGAGUGUGGACGAGGCUUUAACCGGAAGUCAACGCUAAUCAUACACGAGCGGACACACUCCGGUGAGAAACCUUACAUGUGCAGUGAGUGUGGGCGAGGCUUCAGCCAGAAGUCAAACCUCAUCAUACACCAGAGGACACACUCAGGGGAAAAGCCUUACGUGUGCCGGGAAUGUGGCAAAGGCUUCAGCCAGAAGUCAGCUGUCGUGAGACACCAGAGGACACACUUGGAGGAGAAGACCAUCGUGUGCAGUGACUGUGGCCUGGGCUUCAGCGACAGGUCAAACCUCAUCUCCCACCAGAGGACGCACUCUGGGGAGAAGCCCUACGCCUGCAAGGAGUGUGGGCGAUGCUUCAGGCAGAGGACCACCCUUGUCAACCACCAGAGGACACACUCAAAGGAGAAGCCCUAUGUGUGCGGGGUGUGUGGGCACAGCUUCAGCCAGAAUUCAACCCUCAUCUCUCACAGGCGGACGCACACUGGGGAGAAGCCGUAUGUGUGUGGGGUGUGUGGGCGAGGCUUUAGUCUCAAGUCACACCUCAACAGACACCAGAACAUACACUCAGGGGAGAAGCCCAUUGUGUGCAAGGACUGUGGCCGGGGCUUCAGCCAGCAGUCCAACCUCAUCAGACACCAGAGGACGCACUCAGGGGAGAAGCCCAUGGUGUGUGGGGAGUGCGGGCGAGGCUUCAGCCAGAAGUCAAACCUUGUUGCACACCAGAGGACGCACUCAGGGGAGAGGCCGUAUGUGUGCCGGGAGUGCGGGCGAGGCUUUAGCCACCAGGCCGGUCUCAUCAGGCACAAGCGGAAGCACUCGAGGGAGAAGCCCUACAUGUGCAGGCAGUGUGGACUGGGCUUUGGCAAUAAGUCAGCUCUAAUCACACACAAGCGGGCUCACUCGGAAGAGAAGCCUUGUGUGUGCAGAGAGUGUGGCCAAGGCUUUCUCCAAAAGUCACACCUCACCUUACAUCAAAUGACACAUAAGGGGGAGAAGCCAUAUGUGUGCAAGACGUGUGGGCGGGGCUUCAGCCUCAAGUCUCACCUCAGCAGACACAGGAAGACCAAGUCUGUCCACCACAGACUGCCAGUGCAGCCCGACCCUGAGCCGUGUGCAGGGCAACCUUCGGAUUCCUUAUACUCUCUCUGAAGGCAAAGAUGGGGACAAGGACUAAGAGUCAGAAUGUUGACACUUUGAUGAAAUGGAAUGAGAAAUGCAUUCUGUAAGUGGUCAAAGGACAUUUGACUGUUUACUUUCUCCACACUAAGUCUUCUCCAUGUUUUGUGGCCUUCGGUUGUAAUAAACUUGGCUUCUUUAUACAUCUGUAA